GCGGAGACAUCGCCACGUUCUGCUCUGAUGAUGUCAAACGAGGCAAGUCUUUGUAUCUAUCCAACCAUGAGUAUCCUGGGUCAAUCCGCCCCAGACCUGAAGGUCACGACUGCCAGUGUAUUGUCAGGACAGCUCACCCACAGGGUAUCGCUAUUCACGCCAUCGAUGUCCUUCUGGCUUGGGCCGAUAUAGGACCCAUGGAGUGCAGGAGAAGUCUCAAAAUCCAGGAUCAAAUGACGUACCAAAGAGAUAUACAGUGUGCGCACAGAGGUUACUAUGGGUUCAAAUCCAUAUACAGUCGACCUGUCAGCAAUGUCACCGUGACGUUGUCCAGUCAACCCGGAGACGGCAUGGCUUUCGUCUGGUUACAAGUGAAAACUAAUGAUGCUGAUGGAUCUGUAGAGGUCAUCUGUGGGCAACCCUUGCAGGAUCUGUUGAAUCGACUGCGCCACCAGUCGGAGUCCAGACAGAGGGAGAGUACCACAAGCACAGAGAGUGACAACACAGGAGAAGAUGACAGGCUGUCCCCUGACGGUGAAAGUAAAUCCAAUGGAACUAAUGUUAUUUUGAGAACGGGACCUCACGCCAUGAACUCUGACCUAGCUGCCAUUGUGGGCGGAAUUGUGGUUGCUGGGUUUAUACUUAUUGCCAUGGUGAUAAUUGCUAUGGCAUUUCACUGCAAGAGAAUGCGAAAAGAAAAGAGACAGCCCAAACCACUGGAGCUGUACCCUGCUGUCAACUCUGAGCCGUUGGAUUUGUCCUCUUACUGCAGAUACGAUUAUGACGAUGACCACCUGUGCACAAUUAGCCGAUCCCCAAUGAAGAUGGCAACUCUCGCUGAUGAAGGCGGACUGGUUAAUAAACCUUGUGUCAUUCACAGAGACCUUUCGCCAAGCCCCCCAUUGCCUCCGGGAAUUUCAACGCCACCACCGUCUAUUCAGAAUCAGCCAUUAUUGUCAGGAAGAUCAUACCGAGAGGUACAUUACCCUGGCGAUAUGUCCUUGAGAUUUGUGAAGCCUUUAAUUAACAAUGGCAGUGCUUUGACACCUACAACUAUUGAUAUUGAAUCCUACGACCAACAUCUACAAGGACACACCACUCUACCUGCCAACCGAAAAGCAGUACUGAUCAGCUGCGGGCCUAAAAGCCCACUAGGAAAACGUAGCAAAAGCGUGACCUUCUCACAGCCUGUCGCCAUGGUUACACCCUUGAAUUCUGAAUCAGAGGAAUCUGUUGAGAAGCCAAUGGUGACUGCAGACGUUGAGGACCCCAGUUAUGACAACUUAAAUAAAUUAGACAUCCCAGAUUACCCUAUCAUACCAGGUAAAGCAGAGCUCAUUAAGAUCCCCAGGUGGGACAUGGAUUACACAGAAGAAGACAGCCCUACUAGACCCAUGUCAACUUUCCAGAAUAGUCCUAGCCCUACUUCAGACACCAAGACCUUUAUUAGCCCAUUCUUUGAGUUUAAUCCAGAUUUAGAAUCUGAGGACAAUUUGCACACAUCUGAGUCCCCCGCCUUCUGGUCCUCAACUGGUCAUGUUAAACCACUGAUUUUGCCAAAACCACAAAAGGCAGAAAUGUAUGAGACAGGGGUGUAG